AUCCCUGAAAAUACCCCUAAAAACUUCAGAUCCCUAAAAAUAUCCCAUUUCACUUAUUUGCCCCCUAAAUCUGGGGGGAAAACUUCUAAGUUGGGAACCCUGCUUCAGUCAGCACAGCACAAGCACACGCAGGAGUAUUAAUGUUCUGUGACCCGCAGUCAGCUUCAUCUCUGACGUUUGUGAAUUGACGUGCAUGUCAUGUACUUGAAUUGUAAAAGCAGUUUGUUUUGUUUUGUUGUUACUUGUUGUGUUUGAACUUUGAGUUUGUGUUGUUGUCAGUUGAGGUUGUACACCAUUUGCAAAGAGUAAAUUAAAUUAAAUAAUAUAUCUGUGAGCCACUUAAUUAUAUAUAUAAUAUAACCAUUUGUAAAGUGCAACCUCCCUUGUUCUCGUAGAGAUUAAUAUAUUCCUUGGUAGUAAACAAUCAAAUCAUAAUCAAUUAAUCAACAAUCACAAAACAAAUUAUACAAUCUUGAACUGCAUAGAAUUGUGAAGGGAGUAUCCUUUUAGAUACCUAGAAAUUUUAAAUUAAUUUAGAUAUUAAAUUUUAAAUGAGUUUCCGAGGGACGGAGUCAGGACGGGUCUUACGGAGUUUUGUUUGUCAUUUGUCUGCGCUAGCCGCUACGAUUUAGGCGAUUAACGUUCAACACCAAGAAUAUAAUCAUAAACAUACUUACAAUUAAUUCUUUGUGUGUCCGUGGUGUCUCCAUGACUUAACGCACCAGUAUCAGUAGUUCUGCAUCAGCUGUGUAUGGUAAAAUUUAAAACACAGUCAUGUCGGACGAUGAGACUACCUGCAAGUUGGCUGCGGAAACCAUGUUAGAGGCCAAUGGCGCUGAUGAUGAUUGGACUACUUCCGCAGGACGUGGAGACGAGCAUCGAGGCGCUCCACCGCCUGCGCCACGCGGCGGCGCCGGCAGCGCGCGCGGCCGAGCUGCCGGUGGUGCGCUACCACCUGCUGGACCUGCUGCGCCUGAUCAUCCCAGAGCUGCCCGCGCACGACACCGCCUUCCUGCACGACUACUGCGCCGUGCUGCAGCGAGGGGACGAGCGCGCCAUACACACUGUCACUUGUAGGGUCGUGCAGAGCAUAGAGGACGCGCUGCGAGCGACGGCGGCCGGCGCGCCCGACGCGCUGGGCGGCCAGCGCGCCGUUUUGGGCGCCUGGCUGAGCGCCGCCGCGCUGGCCGAGACGCCGCGCGCGCCCCGCGUGCGCCCCGCGCUGCGCCAGCUGCUGGCGCGCAGCGCGCCGGUCGAGCGCGAGGCGCUGGCGGCGGGCUGGCGGCGCGCGCUGCCCGCGGGCGCGCUGCUGGCGCUGUCGGACUGCGUGCGCGCGCCGCGCCCCGCCGGCGCCGCCGACGCGCCGUCGCUGGCCGAGCUGCUGCUGCGCGCCGCGCUGUGCCGCCUGCAGCCGGCCGGCGCGCCGGACCGCUCGCGCGGGGGCGCGCCGCGGCUGGACGACCUGGACGCCGUGCUGACGACGUGGGAGCUCCGGCGCCGCGCCGCGCCCGCCGACGCCGAGCGCGUGGCGCUGUUCGGGCGCGUGCUGGCGGUGGCGCCGGCCGGCGAGCGCGCGCGCCCGCUGCGCCGGCUGGCGGCCGCCAAGCGCGCGCCGCGCGACGACGCGCCGGCGGCGGCGCGCGCGGACCGCAGGGCGGGCGUGGGCAAGCUGCAGGUGCUGUUCGGCGACGAGGACAAGAUCCUGACGCCCGGCAAGAAGCGCAAGAGACUCGGCGCCGACGCGCGGCAGCGAAAGUGA